GGCUCGACAGCCCCGUCCGCCGCUUCUCCUUUCAGUUUAAGAAGCCGAGGAAGGAAACAAGGAAAAAUGUCGCCAUGAAGGCCGAGAACCGCUGCCGCCGCCGACCCCCGCCGGCCCCGAACGCCAUGAGCCUGGGUCCCCGCCGCGCCCGCUCCGCUCCGACCGCCGCCGCCGCCGAGGCCCCCGUUGAUGCCGCAGAGCUCCCCCAACGCCGCCGCCACCGCCUCCGACAUGGACAAGAACAGCAGCUCCAGCAGCUCCUCCGCCUCUUCGGGCAGCAGCAAAGGGCAACAGCCGCCCCGCUCCGCCUCGGUGGGGCCGGCCGGCGAGUCUAAACCCAAGAGCGAUGGAAAGAACUCGAGUGGAUCCAAGCGAUACAACCGUAAACGUGAACCUUCCUACCCCAAAAAUGAAAAUUUUAGCAACCAGUUCCGUCGCUCCAAUUCACAGAAAAGCAAAGCUUUUAACAAGAUGCCUCCUCAGCGGGGCGGCGGCAGCAGCAGACUCUUUAGCGCAUCUCCUAAUGGUGGAAGACGCGACGAGGUAGCAGAGGCUCAACGGGCAGAGUUCAGCCCUGCCCAGUUCUCUGGUCCGAAGAAGAUCAACCUGAACCACUUGUUGAAUUUCACUUUUGAACCCCGUGGCCAGGCAGGUCACUUUGAAGGCAGUGGACACGGCAGCUGGGGAAAAAGGAACAAGUGGGGGCAUAAGCCUUUUAACAAGGAACUCUUUUUACAGGCCAACUGCCAAUUUGUAGUGUCUGAAGAUCAAGACUACACAGUUCAUUUUGCUGAUCCUGAUACCUUAGUCAACUGGGACUUUGUGGAACAAGUGCGCAUCUGUAGCCAUGAAGUGCCAUCUUGCCCAAUAUGCCUAUAUCCACCUACUGCAGCCAAGAUAACCCGUUGUGGACACAUUUUCUGCUGGGCAUGCAUCCUACACUAUCUUUCACUGAGUGAGAAGACUUGGAGUAAAUGUCCUAUAUGUUACAGUUCUGUGCAUAAGAAGGAUCUCAAGAGUGUUGUUGCCACAGAGUCACGUCAGUAUGCUGUUGGUGAUACCAUUACAAUGCAGCUGAUGAAGAGGCAGAAAGGUGUGUUGGUGGCCUUGCCCAAAUCCAAGUGGAUGAAUGUGGACCAUCCUAUUCAUCUAGGAGAUGAACAGCACAGCCAGUACUCCAAGUUGCUGCUGGCCUCUAAGGAGCAGGUGCUGUGCCGGGUAGUUCAGGAAGAGAAAAUAGCGCUAGAGCAGCAGCUGGCAGAGGAGAAGCACACUCCCGAGUCCUGCUUUAUUGAGGCAGCUAUCCAGGAACUCAAGGCUCGGGAAGAAGCUCUGUCAGGAUUGGCUGAAAACAGAGGGGAGGUCACUGGUGUCGAGGCUGCUCUGGAACAAUUGGUGCUGAUGGCUCCCUUGGCGAAGGAGUCUGUUUUUCAACCCAGGAAGGGUGUGCUGGAGUAUCUGUCUGCUUUUGAUGAAGAAACCGCCGACGUUUGUUCUCUGGGCUCUGCUCCUCGUCCUCUUGCUCUCCCUCUGGUGGAGGAAGAGGAAGCAGUGUCUGAACCAGAGCCCGAGGGGUUGUUGGAGGCCUGUGAUGACUCAGAGUUAGCAGAUGACAAUCUUGGAGAGGGGACCAUUUGUACCAAGUCCAGCCAGAAGGAUCCCAUCACUAAGCUGGGCUUCACACACCUGAGCAGCUCUCCUUGUUAUUAUUUUUACCAAGCGGAGGAUGGGCAGCACAUGUUCCUGCACCCUGUGAAUGUGCGUUGCCUUGUGCGGGAGUAUGGCAGCCUGGAGCACAGCCCUGAGAAGAUCUCGGCCACAGUGGUGGAGAUCGCCGGGUACUCCAUGUCUGAGGAUGUCCGACAGCGUCAUAGAUAUCUCUCUCACUUGCCACUCACCUGUGAGUUCAGUAUCUGUGAACUGGCUCUCCAGCCUCCUGUUGUCUCUAAGGAAACUCUAGAGAUUUUCUCAGAUGACAUUGAGAAAAGGAAGCGCCAGCGACAGAAGAAGGCUCGCGAGGAACGCCGCCGAGAGCGCAGGAUUGAGAUGGAGGAGAACAAGAAACAGGGCAAGUACCCAGAAGUCCACAUUCCCCUAGAGAAUCUACAGCAGUUUCCUGCCUUCAAUUCCUAUACCUGCUCCUCUGAUUCUGCCUUGGGUCCCACCAGCACGGAGGGCCAUGGGGCUCUUUCCCUUUCUUCUCUCAGCAGAAGUCCAGGCUCCCAAGCAGACUUUCUGCUGACCCCUCUGUCACCCACUGCCAGUCAGGGCAGUCCUUCAUUCUGCGUUGGGAGUCUGGAAGAAGACUCUCCCUUCCCUUCCUUUGCCCAGAUGCUGAGGGUUGGAAAAGCAAAAACAGAUGUGUGGCCCAAAACUGCUUCAAAGAAAGAUGAAAACAGCUUAGUUCCUCCUACCCAUGUGGACAGUGAUGGGGAGAGUGAUAACUCCGACCGUGUUCCUGUGCCCAGUUUCCAAAAUUCCUUCAGCCAAGCUAUUGAAGCAGCCUUCAUGAAACUGGACAUACCAGCUACUUCAGAUCCCCUCUCUGAAGAGAAAGGAGGAAAGAAAAGAAAAAAACAGAAACAGAAGCUCCUGUUCAGCACCUCAGUCGUCCACACCAAGUGACACUACUGGCCUGGGCUACCUUCUCCAUCUGGUUUUCUUUUCUCCAUGCUUCGGUUUUGCUGCUGUAAUUUUUAAAGUAUUUGAGUUUGAACAGAUUAACUUGGGAUAGGGUGGGGGGAUUUCCACAACGUGAAGGGGGAACCAAGAAAAUUUAAAUACAGUGUAUUUUCCAGCUUCCCGUCUUUACACCAGAAUAAAAGUAUUGACACAAGAAAUUUCUCCUGCCAAGAUUUUUAGUUUGUUGCCAGGUUAGGGUUUUUUUGACCCAUGUGUAUUUAGUUCUUUUCAACCCAAAUAAAUUUGAGUCCCUUUAGCAUCUCUUGGAGCAGCCCAAACCACUGUUCAGCACUGCUCUGUGGGUGACGUCAUGUGUCAGGGCAUCACGGUUCAGCAAACCUGUCAGUGGCUUUUAAAAUAGUUGAAUCUUUUCUAUCUAUUCAGUUAUCUUGUUAAAGAAACAGAAGGAUGGGAAUAAAUGGAUUUAGGAUACUCAGCUUGAAUUGCAGUUUUUCUUCUGACAAAUGCCCAGGCUGUGAUGCCAGACCCGGGUCACACUUGCAUGUGUGAUGAAGGGUUUUGCCUCUUGAACAUGGCUUCUGUCUGGCAAGGAAAGCUGUAACUGUCACUGACCAAGGAAACCCUGGGACCUGCCAACCAUUAGGUCCAGCUUGUUUCAAGGGCCUGAAUCAGGAGGCUGGUACACCUGGUGGUGGAACAGGACAGGUUUGAAAGCAGUGGGGUUGCCCACUGCCAUCCUGUUGUCAAGAGCACUCUGAUGCCUUGGUUUGAGCUGUAUUUGUGUGUGAAUGUAAUUAUGUUGCUGCUUAUUUAAACCUCUAGGUGUAACAAUGUGAAGGCAAGUAGUUGCAAUAAAUCACCUGCAUAAGCAA